UCCAACAUCGCAAUCUUCCAUCAAAAGGGCUAUACGGCUCUACACUGGGGUGCCAAGCACGGCGAUGAAAACAUCAUCAAGCUUAUAGCGGGAACCUAUCGGGAUUACAUCAAAAGCGUCAACGAGACUUCGAACGGGGGAUACACGCCGCUUCACAUAGCCGUGCAGUUUUCGCAUGAAAAUAUUUACAACCUCCUGGUGCAGGUUUACGGUGCCAAUCAGGACGUGCGCGACUACAGCGGCAGAAAAGCUCGGCAGUAUUCGAUCUCGCAAAAGGCGGCGGUCAGCCAGGACACCAUGCGCAAAAUAAAAGCAAGGAAAAAGCAUGCAGAGAAAGAUCUUGGUUUCCUACGUAUUGGCUCGCUGAACGUUCGCGUGAAGCGCACGACGGAGGCAUUCAGCCAGUUUUUAGGAGUCACAACCAAUAACACUGCCUCGAGUAACGAAAAGAUUCACAAAUCCUGGGGCUCGGCCGAUCAUCUACCGCAGGCCGAUCAGCUGAUGCCACCACCCAAAUAUGGACCGAUCAAGAAGCGACGCAGCCGACGCGCGACCGACUUCAUAUCGUCGCGCUCGUCGACGGGCAGCGGCGGCGCCCAAUCGCCGGGUGGCACACCACCGCCGGGUUCGCAUCGACGUCCGUCAUCGGUCUCGACGAUGAUGAGCAGUCCUUUGCACGAGGAGCUCCCCCCGUCGCCCUCCAGGAGCACCGGUAGUGGUGUCGGCAACCAACAGCAACAGCAGCAACAGCAGAGCAACCACGAUUCGGACUCGGACGGCGCCUGCGGAUUCGACUCCAGAUGGCACGGUCAAUUUUGAUUCAGAAACGUACUCAUGAGGCUCAUGUUGUCGUGCUUCGGAUUGGGUGCUCACGAGAGAUAAUAUUUCGCUGAGAUUUGAGAUGCAUUUCAAAAAUAUAUACGUAUAAUAAUCGAAGAAAUGUCGGGACAAAAUUGUUUACUUUUGAAAAUGCUCGUGACUACAUCGCGAUAAGGAUCAUUAGUAGUAGCUUCGAUGAAUUUAUUUAUACGGGACCGUCAUCGUUAACGAGCAUCAUAAGCUGCGCAUAUGUUUAAUACAGUAACGAACAAAUUAUUAUGUCAUAGAAUUAGGUAGUAAAUUAAUUAAAUAAACGAACAAAUUAAGCGAGUUAAUUUAUUUAAUUAAGUUCUUGUAUUUUCUUCGAGAAAAAUACAUUUUGAUUGAACAAGUAUGACUCUCAUACGCAUUUGUUUGUUAUUAUAGAAUAAAUAUAAUAGAUAAAUAGAUAAUGAAAGUUACAUAUGUUUUAUAGAGGAUUUAUAUUUUUUAACCUUGAAUAUAUUAUAGUUGAAAUGUAUGUGAAAAUUAUGUGCUUGUGUGUAUAGAAAUGAAAAAAUUAAAAUUAUUUUUCUUGUUUUGUCGAUAAUUGUAUAAAUAUAUUG